AUGUUUGAGCCGGAGAGGAUUUCAGGUGCAGCAGCAGCAGCAGCAGCAGCAGCAGCAGCAGGAACAGCAGCAACAGCAGCAGCAGCAGAUGAAACGGAGACAACAUCUGCUGCAGCAGAUGCAGCAGCAGCAGCUGCUGCUGCUGCUGUCUGUACAGCUGACGCGCAGCAGCAAAUGCUGCUGUCUUUUGCUGCCUUGUCUCCCAGCAGCAGCGACACUGUUUUCACAGCACCGAAGGCGAGACCAGCAGCAGCAGCAGCAGCAACAGCAGCAGCAGCAGCAGCAGCAGCAGCAGCAAGCGGGGUGCAUGUCUCCCCCUUAAAGAAGCUCGUAGAGGAGACACAGAAAGCCAAAGCUGCGCUGCUGCAGCAGCAGCUAAUUGAGGAGAAAGAAGAGGAACGGGCGGAAGCGGAGAGGCUGGAGGCCCUAAGGCAGCAGGCAGAGAGAGAACGCAAAGAGAAAGAAGAGGCAGCACGACGCCAGGCGCUGCUGGAGCAGCAGCGGCUAGAGGAGGAGAGGAGGAAGCAGGAGCUGCUGCUGCAGCAGCAGCAGCAGCAGCAGCGAGAGAAAGAAGAAAGGGAGAGACAGCAAAGGGAAAAGGAAAAAGAAGAACAGCAGCGGCAACAGCAGCUGCUGCUGCAGCAGCAGCAGCAGCAACAGCAACAGCAACAGCUGCAACUGGAGCAGCAGCAGCAGCAGCAGCAGCAGCAGCAACAGCAGCAGCAGCUGCAGCAGCAAGAUCAGCAGCAGCAGCAACAACAGCAAAGUGCGGAGGCUACACGUAUGUGA